UUUGGAAAGAAGGUUGCCGUUAUGGACUUCGUGAAGCCUUCUCCUCAAGGUUCUUCCUGGGGAUUGGGUGGUACUUGCGUGAACGUCGGGUGCAUCCCGAAAAAGCUUAUGCAUCAAGCUUCUUUGCUUGGGCAUGCUAUAAAAGAUGCGAAAAUGUACGGCUGGAAAAUUCCGGAAGGCGAAGUCACACAUAACUGGAAGUUGCUCAGAGACGGUGUGCAAGACCAUAUAGCUUCGCUCAAUUGGGGUUAUAGAGUGCAAUUACGAGAGCGCGAGGUUACUUAUAUCAAUUCUUAUGCUACAUUCUCUGGGCCGUUUGAAAUCACAGCAACUAAUAAGAAAGGUGCAACAGAAAAAAUCACAGCCGAUCGUUAUUUAAUAGCUACCGGACUUCGUCCUAGAUAUCCGGAAAACACUCCCGGUGCGAAAGAAUACGCCAUUACUAGUGACGAUUUAUUCUCGUUACCAUAUCCACCUGGGAAAACACUUUGCGUAGGUGCUUCAUACGUGUCACUAGAAUGCGCUGGAUUCUUGAAGGGUCUGGGAUUCGACGUCACUGUCAUGGUUCGUUCAAUUCUUCUAAGAGGUUUCGACCAAGAUAUGGCUGAACGAAUACGAGCACAGAUGAAAGAUUAUGGAGUGGUGUUUGUGGGGGCUGUCCCUAGCAAAUUUGAAGAAUUGGAACCGAAAACUAAGAAUAAAGCAGGUAGAAUUAGAGCUUAUUGGGAAGAAACCGCAGAGGAUGGCACAAAAGUCGAAAAGAGUGAAGAAUUCAAUACAGUGGUCAUGGCCAUAGGUCGAGAUGCAGAAACGAAAGGUCUUGGAUUGGAUGUAAUAGGAGUGGAAACGAACCGUUCCGGAAAGGUGAAAGGACGCCGUGAGCAAUCGUUAACAUGUCCUUAUGUUUACGCAAUUGGAGAUGUCUUGGAAGGAGUACCAGAGCUAACACCUGUGGCUAUACAAGCUGGUAGAGUGUUGAUGAAGCGGUUGUGCGCUGGAGUGGAUGAUCUUACGGAAUAUGACGAUGUCCCGACAACUGUCUUCACGCCGGUAGAAUAUGGCUGCUGCGGUCUCUCCGAGGAAAAUGCAAACAAGCAUUAUGGAAAGGAAAAUGUCAUUGUGUACCACGCUGCGUUACUGCCACUGGAGUACACUGUUGCAGAAAGAGCCGACAAGGAUCAUUGCUACUGUAAACUGAUUUGUUUAAAGAAUGAGAAAGUACGUGCUUAUUUUUUCUUUGUCCAUGUUUAA